AAAGGCCAACAAAAUGGCGGUGGAGACCUUAGACGACUUGGAUACCAGACUGGGUGCUGGCGACAUCGUAGCCGUGAUUGUUUACUUCGUGGCUGUUGUGUGUGUUGGACUAUGGAGCAGAGGAUUGUGCUUUCCCAUAAUGCCCUUGGCUCGGGCAUCCCUGAUGAUACCGUUACGUGUGGAUAUGGAAAAUCUUGGACGGCACUUUGAACGCGAUGCGACGCAGCAACCGCGGGACAGUCAGCGGUUUCUUCCUGGCUGGAAGGACGAUGAUCUGGCUACCGGUUGGGGCAUCCUUAUUUGUUUCCAACAUCGGCAGUGAACAUUUCAUCGGGUUGGCUGGCUCUGGUGCGGCCGGUGGGAUCGGAGUCGGAGCCUGGGAGUUCAAUGCCCUGAUGUUACUGCAGCUGCUAGGAUGGAUCUUUGUUCCUGUCUACAUCGCCUGUGGGACAACCACGAUGCCACAGUGGCUGCGGAAGAGGUUCGGAGGACAGCGGCUGCGCGUCAUGUUCGCCGUCUUGUCUCUCGUGCUAUACGUGAUGAUCAAGCUGUCAGUGAACCUGUACUCUGGGGCUCUGUUCAUCGAGCAGUCUCUUGGCUGGAACAUGUACCUAUCCAUUGCCAUUCUGCUGAUCCUGACUGCCAUUGUGACUAUCACAGGUGGCCUGGCUGCUGUGAUCUACACAGAUACUCUACAGGCUGUUCUCAUGGUGCUGGGGGCUGUAGCACUCAUGAUUGUCAGCAUGAUUCGUGUUGGAGGAUGGGGAGGCCUGAGAGAACAGUUUAUGCAGGCCAUGCCUAACAUCACUAAGGAGUACAUUCAUGCUCAACAGUUCAACCUGACCAUGAACAACUACACAGAACAGUAUGGGAAGUGUGGCAUCCCUUCAGAUGACUCAUUCGUCAUGCUGCGUGAGAUCAACGACCCCCAGAUGCCAUGGCUGGGUUUCCUACUGGGCCAGACCCCUGCUUCCAUCUGGUACUGGUGCACUGACCAGGUGAUAGUACAGAGGGCGCUGGCAGCUAAGAACCUGGACCACGCCCGUGGAGCCACCCUGAUGGCCGGGUUCAUCAAGAUCCUGCCCAUGUUCAUGAUGGUCGUUCCCGGGAUGGUCAGCAGGAUUCUCUUCCCCAAUCAGGUGGGCUGUGCCGACCCUGCCACAUGUCUGGAGGUGUGCGGAAACUCUCACGGCUGUACCAACAUCGCCUACCCUAAACUGGUGCUGGGGGUCAUGCCAGUGGGAGCUCGUGGCAUCAUGAUGGCCGUGAUGGUGGCUGCCCUGAUGAGUGAUCUGGACUCCAUCUACAACUCCGCCUCCACUAUCUUCACUAUCGACAUCUGGCAGCGUCUGCGCCCCCACGCCGGCAACAGGGAACUCAUGAUUGUCGGCAGGGUGAUCAUGUUGAUCCUGACGGUAGUGAGUAUCCUGUGGGUACCAAUCCUCAUGGCCUCCUCAGGGGCUCAGCUCUUCAUCUACAUCCAGGAGAUCUGUGACUACCUGGUCCCUGCCAUCGCGGCCAUCUUCCUGGUGGGCGUUUUUUGGAAGAGGUGCAACGAAAUGGGAGCUUUCUGGGGUCUGAUGGGAGGUGUAGUGAUCGGUCUGGUCCGCACCAUCCUGGUGUUCCUGUACGAGGACGUCCGCUGCGGGGACCACGUGGAAGUGGCGCCCCCUGGUAUCGUCUCCCUGCACUACAUGUACUACGCCCUCAUCAUCUUCGUCAGCACCAUCAUCCUCACUGUGGUUAUCUCCCUGCUCACUCAGCCUCUGCCGGAGUAUUUUACUGUGCGCACCACCUACUGGACCUACCUGAACAGCUCCAUCAGAGACGACGAUGUGAAGAUGUGGAACAAGUUAGAACAGCUGCAGGAGGAGGAGGGGGCCAGAGGCGACAAGACUCAGGACGAUGGGGAGGUCAUGGUGGAAAAUGAGCAACCUUGGUACAAGAGGCUGUUUGUCUGGUACUGUGGCUUCAAUGAGAAGACCAAGGAGCCAGUGGAGAAGCCGGAUGACUUCAAGGCUCGUCUGCAGACCCUUGAGCAGGAGCCGCUCAUACGGAUGGUCCUGAACGUGCUGCUCGUGUGCAUCCUCAGUAUUGGCAUCUUCUGUUAUGUCUACUUCUCUGUGAGACCAUGACACUAAAGCUUUGGACUAUUUCACUUUGACUUUAUUCAGGUUGAGACAAGUACAACACAUUGUGAACUGAUUCGUUUUGAUCACCAAAUAGUACCAAAGUACCAAAGAUAACAUUCAAUUUUUGCUAUUCAUAAUCAAAGUGUAGUCAGUGUUGAGAAAUUUUACCCUACUUUGAAAUUCAUAGAAUAGACAAAGUUAGGACAAUUGGACCUGUAUCGUCAAACUCAUCAUGUUCUAUUCUAUUGAGAGGUAGAUUCCAAAGUUAUCUGAUAACUUACAUUCCCUAACAAUAUUGUACCCAUGCCUUAAAGUAUAUCCCAUUUAAAGACAAUUCACAAAUUUUCCUCGGGUCCUUUAUGAGAUUAAAGGACAAAGAAUCUAUAAAGGUAAGAAAGGAAAAGACUUAAGUGAAGUCUGAGACUAUUUUUAUUUUUCAUAAGUGCAUACACUCAAGAAGAAAAUUGAGCGGUAAAAUAUUAUCGCUCAGAUGGAAAAGAUCAGAGAUGCAUCGUAAUUUUAAAAGUACAGUAAUUGUAACACAGUUUACCAGGCAGCUAUACCAUAGUUCAUUUUACCAGUCAGCUGAGAACUUGAGAAUACGACAUUUUAGCAAGUCAAGAUAUAGCUGAAUUUUUACAUGUUUAUGGCAACUGUGAUAGGUUUCGUUUAGCCUUUUGCUGGUAAGACUUAACAUUUUUCAUGAGCUGAUGCUAUCACACUAGUAACUGUUGGAGUUAGGAUCGUUAGGAAUGAUAUGAGAUCACUCUUAGGACCAAUAACAUCUUGUCUAUAGACAGGAGUCAAUGCCAAACAUUAUCCAAGGCCAGGGACCACCAAAAAUUGGUAACGUUGGCCAGGUGGUCUUGAUGUAAAGGUAGUAUGUUGUAGUAUCGUGGUUGGAACUAAGGAUACGUGUAGGUUUUGGGCCAAGCUUAUUUUAGAAUUUCUUCAUCAUUAUAAGAUGAUAUGGGACUUUACAACUUAUACACGUAGUACAUAAAUUGGUUUGGGAUAUACGGAAAACCAUGUGCAAAUAGUUUACUCUCAACUAUUGUUUUGACAAUCUAACAAUUUGUGGUCGUUAUUCAUACACUUUUGAUGUCAAGCAAGAAUCAAUGUCACCUCAGAUUUAGUUGGUAAGGAAUAUUUUUGUUAUAGAAUAAUGCGGUGUGUAUAUAUUUGUGA